AUGGCACAUCUACUGUUGUUGCUCACACUUUCCGUACUUGCGAUUGUAAGCUUCUGCCCAAGAAGCGCCACCAAGGAUCCGGGCCCCGUCGUGAAAACCAAGUAUGGAGCCAUCCAAGGUGUGUAUGUUGAGCAGGGGUCGAUGUUCCUGGGCAUACCCUUCGCUGCGCCACCCGUAGGGGACCUUCGAUGGAAGCCUCCACAGCCGCCGGCUCCAUGGGCGCCCGGCACUUUCAUGGCCACCAACGUUAGCUUCGAAUGUGUUCCUAUUAACAACAUAACUCUUGGUCUUGGCAGAAACGGCAACACCAGUGAGGACUGUCUAUACCUGAAUGUGUUUGUGCCCAUGAUUACAAAUACUUCUGAGAAACUACCGGUCUUCUUCUGGAUACAUGGAGGGGAUUUUCUUCUUGGUUCUGCCAUGGAUCCACUGUACGACGGGAGAUUCCUUGCGAACAGCACUAGAACUGUUGUAGUGGCGGCCAACUACAGACUGAGCGCCUUGGGUUUCCUGGUGGCGGGGCAGGGGGAGGGCGCGGCGACUGGGAACUACGGCAUCCUGGAUCAGAUAGCGGCUUUACAGUGGGUCCAGGACAACAUCGCAGAGUUCGGCGGAGACAAAGAUCGGGUCACGAUAUUUGGACAGAGUGCGGGGGCUUACUCGGUUGUCCUUCACAUGACACUGGGUAAGAGCGACCACCUGUUCCACAGAGCCAUCGCCGCGAGUCCUCCUCUCUCCCUGUUCUUCAAGACCAGGCUGGAGGCCCUUCUUUUCGGGGACGACUUUGCCCGUCUGCUGAACUGCACUCCGGGAGACAUGGACUGUAUGCGCGCCUGA